CCAACACACACACAAGGGUUUUAGAGAGAGAGAAACCCUAGGGUUCGCCAGUGACAAAUCUCUUCAUUGCCGACUUUUUCCGGCAAGUGAGGGAGGUGAAUGAGAGAUUUAGAGAGAGCUUGAUGUGCGCUUCCCUUGAAUCCCUAUCUCACCAUCAUCAAAGGUUUUCUCCACACCUCAGUGGAGUAGAUCUUCUAGGUUUUGGAAAAAUUCUGGAAGUCAGUCCCCAGAAGUUGGAUUCCCCAACUCAAGCUUUUGACCCCCCUUCCAACCUUUCUUCCCUGCCCUUAGCCCCUACCUCAGUCCUGUCACCAAAUGCUCUGGAAUUUGUGCCUUCCAACCCAACCACUGCUAAACCUACAGCAAUCAAGGAGUCCAACAUCUCAUUUAGGGGCUGCUCUAUGUCUGACACAGAAAGGGAUAACAACUGGAGCACCUCCAAAGCGUACGACUCAGAUUUUGAACAUUUGGGCUAUGGAAACAAACAGGUACACUUAGAGGAAGAAAGUGAAUGGGAAACUGAUAAUGGGGAAGAGAAUGAAGAUCAAGACAAUGACUCUAUGGUGAAACUGCCCCUUGAGGAGGAGAUCAAAACAGCAAUCUGGCAGCUUAAUCCUAAUAGCUCAGCAGGACCAGAUGGAUAUAAUGGUGAGUUCUUCAAAAAAUUUUGGGACACUAUUAAGGAGGAUAUCAUCAGUGCUACACAUGAAUUUUUCCUUGGAAUUCCUAUUCCCAAGGCAUUUGGUAGUACCUAUAUUAUCCUAAUACCUAAGAUGGAAGGAGCUAAAGCUAUUGGUGACUUUAGACCCAUAGCUUUAUCCACCUUCUUCAGCAAAAUGCUCUCCAGAAUAAUGGCCAACAGAUUAGCCCCUCUUCUUAACAAGCUAUUCUCCCCUGAACAAGCUGGGUUCCAGAAAGGGAAAGGAAUUGAGGAGCACAUUCUUCUUACUAAUGAACUCAUGCAUAAACUUGAAUCAAAAGUUAGAGGAGGUAAUGUAAUGAUUAAGCUGGACAUGGCCAAGGCUUUUGACAAAAUGUCAUGGAGCUACAUAGGGGCUGUUCUUCAAGGUUUUGGUUUCACAGAAAAGUCCACUUCCCUACUUCUUCAAAACCUGAGAGCCUCAAGACAAGAAGUGAAUCUGAGGAAAAGCAAAAUCUACUGCAAAAAGAAUUGCCAUGGGGACUAUAGACUCAAAGUGGAAGAGGCUCUUGGCUAUAGGAUUGACAACCCCCCCCCCCCCUUCAAAUAUCUGGGUUCUACCAUCACAACUGUAAGUGCUUAUUAUGUGGCAAGGCUGAAGCUACGGAUAAACACACGCUACUUACCUUUGAGAUGGCACAAAGCAUCUGGAAAGCCUUUGCAGACUACAUCGGAGGACCAGUUUGGAAUCAAGAAACAGAGCUAAGGGAUUACCUUCUACAAUGGUGGGUCACUUUUAAAAAAACAUCUCUCCGUGGUCUACUCAAGCUAAUCCUUCCUGGUUGUAUACUAUGGAUCUUAUGGAAGACUUACAAUAGAUGCAUUUAUGAGGAUCACAAACCAACAAAGGUGGGGAUUAUCAUUGAAAUCCAAAAACUAAUUCAACACUGGUUUUGGUCGAACAAAAAAGCUGAGUCCAU